CACCACCAUCAAACAGACACAACACCUACAACAUGGACAGACAACUUAAGUGGGCUGAUAUCUUGGAGCACUAUGAGAUCCGGAAGUCGCAGCUCCAAACGACCACGUGGGGGGACAUUAUGGACAGAGUUGACCCUUUCCCGAACCAAGGUGACAAGAAUUGCGACCAAAAGGUGUGUAUGUGGUCGGUGAGGGUCAAGGACACCGUCUGUACACGAUAGCACACCAUGCCACCACACGAUAAACUACAACAUGACUACACAUCACAUCACCAAACCAUCUCUCCACACCACCUUUCCCAUCAUACCACCCCAUCAUCCAGUCAAUAACCCAUCACAGAACCUCACCAUGUGUCUACACCAUCACACGACACGAUCUCUCCAUAACAUUCCAACACAUCACAUCUAAAUACCACCACAUCAUCUCCCGACAUCACCCCAUCUUGCCACCAUGUCACGCCAUAUCCCACUCGUGCAUGCACAUAAAUUGGCCUUUUUUUCAGGCAGUGACGCGACCUCUGUCUGUGAGCUCAUUGGAAGGUGCUAUUCCAGUUGCCCACGAUGAGCGCUGCUGUUAGAUUUUUCCAGAUUAUGGGCAGCUAGAUCCUUACAAUGGAACAUUCUGUGGCACCUAUUGCCCGUGAUGAAUGUUAAUAACAAUCGCCAUUAAAUUAUCGCAGUUGAUCAAGGCCUCAAUGGGGUUCAUGAGGUCUGUGGGGUCGAUAGGUGUCUGUGGGAAUAUAUGAGGGUGUAACAUGUAUCAUUAGUUUGUAGGGUUUAGGCGAAUUAGUGGUUAGGGAUACAUUAAUGCUGUGUUCAAAAGUACUGAUUGGUAAAGGUUUGUUUUAACAUCGGGUGAUUGUGUAUAUGUAUGUGUGUGCUCAGCAUAUUUGGAUGAGUCAAUAUACAUGUUUGCCUCCAUGCAUAGGUGUGUGAGUAUGCAUUUGUGUAUGGGUGGAAAUGCAUGUUUGCGUGCGUGUGGGUAUUAUUUUGUGCAUGUGUGUGCAUGUUUGAAUGUUCCUGUGCUUAUCGUUGCGCAUAUGCACGAAUAGAAGCAGCUCAAGUGUAGGCGCCCCAAGAACCAGAGGAGCAUUCGGGAGAUGAAUAACCUCGGCGAGGUGAAGCCUCUCGAGGAGGAGAAGCGCUUCACCAAAUUGAAGCACCACUGCCUCCGGACCACGGCCACCAGCACCACCACCAGCACCACCACCAGCACCACCGCCAGCACCACCACCAGCACCACCGCCAGCACCACCACCAGCACCACCACCAGCACCACCACCAGCACCACCGCCACCUCCUCCGCUACCGCUACAACCACCACUACCACUCCUAUACAGGGCCCAAUCACACUGCACAUUGGAGAAGAUGUCUUUAGAGAAGGAGCCGCUGAGCCAGGAGCGGAGUCAGCGCAGCAAUCCUCGCAGGCCGUUGAAGAGAAGAGAGAGGUUGUGGAGAAGAAGAUGAAAGAGGAAGUGAAGGAGGAGGUGAAAGAGGAAAUGGAGAAGGUGGAGAGGGAGUUGGAGAAGACAAAUGAGGAGAUAGCGGUGGAGGACGAAGAGGACGACAAGGAGAUGGAGGAGAAGAUGGCUGUGGAGGAGGAAAAGGAGAAGAUGGUGGUGGUGGUGGAAGAGAUGGUGAUGCAGGAGGUCGAAAAGACGGAGAAAGAGAAGACGGAGGAGACAGAGGAGGCGACGGGGAAGGAGACAGAGGAGGAGACAGAGGAGGAGACAGAGUGGCAGGAGGCGGUGGUAGUGCAGGAACGAAAGGGCCUGGCUCGUGUGGCGAACGCGAUCCGUGCGCUCUUCCGCAGCAUGAUGCUGUUUGGUUGCGGCCGGUCGACCGCACAGUUGGGGUGAUGGAGGUGCCACUGGGACCGCAGCCGGGGAAGGAAACUGAGCAGCAGAUGCCAGGACUGUACUGGACACUGACUGCUGCCAACAGACUAACUCUGUUAAGAGUUAGCAUCAAUCCAAUGCAUUAUGUAAUAAUUAUCAUUGUUGUUUUUAUUAUAAACUUUAUGACAUAAACCUAUGAGGAAACAAUGUAACUUUGCAUUGCUUGUGAGCGCUGCCUGGGUUGGUUCAAUGUGCCUUGGCUCGUGUGCAGUGUCCCGGCUGUGUGUGCGGCAGUACAAUGACAACUAUGUCAUGAGAGAAGUUUCAGGCAAUGGCCCUUCUUCAGAACGUGUACAAGCAGUGGUGGGAAAAGAUCAUCAGGCGAUUCGUCUGACACAUCCACCCCUUCACUGCCCCACUGCCCCUCUGCCAAGCUGCUUCCGCUGUCCUGCUGCCCCUCUGCCCACUGCCCCAUUGCCUCACUGCCCCUCUGCUCCGCUGCCCCACUGCUUUGAUGCCACUCUGCCCUAAUGCCCCGCUGUUCCAUUGCUCCACUUUCCCACUGCCAUCACAUCCAUCACGAAGCAGCGAGACGUCCAUACCACCUCAUUAAAUAUUACCCUGAUGUGCACGCAGAGAGAGAGACCCUCGUUUAGCAUUGCAUACUGGAGGGGGCUGCUGUGAUGCAAUGGCUCGUAAACUUCACUGGCAAUAGAGAGAUUGCUGGUUCCACCUUCUGGCACAGCAGUUGAAACAAAUGGUCGAGUAUCUGAAGUUCCCCUGCCUCUGUCCGCCAAACAGUACAACUGGGUACACCAAAAUCGAGUGGCAAGUUGCGUGUGGUGGGUAAAAGUGUGGGUACUCCUUCCUCUUCAAAAUCAUCUGACGAGUAUGGAAGAAUAGACCAAAAUAUCGUUCAAACGCCUUUCUAGAGGUCUCUCUUGUGGAAAUUCUUCCUGCCAGCAGAGGCAUGAGAAAGCAAUUGCAGGACUGCUCCACAAUACCAAUUGUGUUGGCAAAGUAUUCCAAUAAUGCUGCGUUCUAAACAGGCUGCAUAUGUAUUUAACAUGGGGGGAGGUGUUGAUUGUCUAGAGAUGGUCCAGUGGCUCAGAGGUCAGAGCACUAAAAUGGGGUUGAAUCCAGGCAUUCACCUACGAUUAAAGCAGGUUCUCAAGUCUGGUGAAUUAAUGGUCUCAGCGCGGUUGCCAUUGACUGCACAUUAUAAACCAUCACAUUACUGCUUGGGUGAGUGGGAAAUUGAGUAAGUGGGUGGGUAGGUGGUGGAUGAAUGAGUGCAUCGGUGUGUGGAUAUGUGGGUGAGUGGAUGGGUAAUUGGAUCAGUUGGUGCCUGGUUGAGUGGAUGGUUGGUGGUU